AUGAGUAAGGAGCUUCAAGAACUACGCAACCAGACUCAUCGUACGGGGGAUCAAUUGGUGACUGGAUCGAGCUUUACAUCCGAGAGCAGAUCACCGGCGUCCCAGGAUGAAGGUGUAGAUGAAUUUGAGCUUACAUCGUUUACUGUGAGCUUGGCUGGGGUAGUCAUCGACUCUUCUACUGCGACAGAGGCCUUCAUGGUUUUUGCCGAGUACAUGCGUCCUCGACUUCCGGUGGUCGCAUCCCUCUCCGCCCAAGCGGCCUAUGAGAACCAGCCCUUUCUCUUCUGGACAAUUGUCACAAUUGUGCUCUGUCGCUUACCUGAGGCAGAUAACAUCGCCUUAUUCCAGUUGCUUCGGGCGCCAUAUGAGAGAUUGGUACAGGAGACUGUAACUGACGCGCCACUACCACUGUACAAGGUCCAAGCUUUGUUGCUUCUCUGCAACUGGCCAUUGCCUACAGACAAACAAUGGAAAGAGCCCAGCUGGCUUUACUGCGGUGUUGCUAUCCAAGCUGCCCGAUAUCUGAGUCUCGAUCGUCAGCAAACUAUUCCAUCUCUUCGUGUUAUUGGGGUCACAUCGGGGAGCAUUCGGUCAAGAAUCAACACUUGGCUGUCAUGUUUCAAUGUGUCAACAUCACUGAGCUUACAUCUGGGCCUUCCUUGUCCUAUCGAAUCGGAGCUGGACUUUGCUGCCAUUCAUGCAUUUCUGAAACGACAAACCGUACCGCCAGCCUUUGCGAUUGAAGUACGCAUCCAACUAGUUGUCGCAAAAUUCACAGCGCUACUCAACCAUGAGCUGGCAGACGGCACAAGUUCAUCAUUCCUCCGCUUGUUUGACACUGAACUUGAUGCGAUAAAGAAUGAGAUACUACCAGAUGAAGAAACGAAGAGCAUAGUUGAAUACGCAAUCCUAGACGCCAAAAUACACAUAUACACACUUGUAAUCACAAAAUCCCCGGUAAAUUCAUCCUUUCGCCAGAUCCUUCUCCGAACAGCACGCGACAUAGCUCUUCGAAUAGUCGAAAUCGGAACACGAGCUAUCCGUACCAACCACGAAAACACAACCCUCACCCGACGCGAGAAAUGCCAACCGAAAGACCGCCACCGAUGUUUGGGUUUCUCAACAAUCUUCCUCCUCAAAUUCUUCAUCCGCCAAAGCUCCGACGGACCCGAAGAGCGACAAAUAGUCGCAAACCAUGUCGCUAUGACACAAACGCUGUGUAGAGCAUGUACGAUUGAUCCGAAAGAUGAGUUCAGUCGCAUUGCAAGUGUGUUCGAAGCACUGGGACGCGAGAGUUCCACAGAGGAGGAGAAGACAAAGUUGGUGCUUAAUCAUAGGAUGGGCGUGUCCUUGAUGUUUGAUGCUGUUAACACGGCGGGGAAGAUACGAGGCAAGCCUGUUGAGGUGGAGGAAGAUGAUGGGGGAACGGUUGAGGAGACAACGACAGAGACGGUGCAGGAUCAUGAGGAUAUGAUGAGUCAGGUGGAUGGGAAUCCAGAGUUUUUGAAGAACUUUUGGAGUGACCCGUAUACGAGCUUGCUCCAGUUUGACCCGACAUCACUGGAGGGUGACUAUCCAAAUACCUGGUAA